UACUCGCACAAAAGAUGACUCUACGGGAGAUGGCUGUUUAGUGUUUUGCCCAUAUCUUCGCAAAUCGGAAGACCAUGAUGGCGAAAAAAUGUGACUAUGUCUGCUUGAAAGGGAGCCCAUAAUUCUGUAAAGGACGCCGAGGCGAUAGAUGAGCUUAACAUUGUGGACUCGGAGACUCAGGCUGGGGUGGUGUAGUCCCAAAACGCGCCCGCCAUCUACAUCUUGGAAUCCCCAAUUCAAUCCUUACAGAAUAAUCUUACACAAAAUUAAAGUGAGCAAACUGUGACAUUGGCUUUCAUGAAUCCACACUUUGUCGAAGACGGAAAUAAAAAUGCGUGCACGUACUCUUUUGCUAUAUCGAUCUCUUAAUCGUGGUCAAAAGCGUGCUCAAUAUAAGAAUAAUUACUUUUAUGUACAUUUACACAGACCAUUUCCAUGCUCUACAGUCAGAUUUAUCCGCUUUAUAACUGCUUUUACCCCAGCAAGCAGCAGACCUAAGAAACGCUCAUCUAAGUUCGAGUCUGACUUUGAGUAAAGGGAAGCACAUCGACACAAAAGCCCAGUCACACAGAACAGUGGGAAAAAGGCAAGACAGACAGAAACAACAGAAGGAAAGCACAGAAGAGGUAACUACCAGUUGCGCCGUCCAACCGCCUUCAAGAACACUCAGAGACAUUCUCGGCCUUCAGGGACCAAAACUAUACUAUACCUAUACUCUGUUUCCCGGGAUAAAUCAUAACCAUACCCAUACUCUGCUUCCCUGGAUAAAUCAUAACCAUACCCAUACUCUGCUUCCCGGGAUCAUAACCAUACCCAAACCUCAAGCCAAGCUGCAGCAUGCCAGUCUGUGAUGGGUACACUGAUGUGCGAUCGGCUGCGGUACAGCAUGAACUAUUGCAGCGUGUAUAAGCUCACAGUCCUCUCCUUUGUGUUGGGGGCGGGGGCGGUGGCUCUCUUCGCCCUGGCCGUCUCCACCGACUCCUGGCUGACCACAAAGGAGUCCCUGAUGAUAGAGCCCCUGGAAGGAGAAGACGCGCCCCCUGCCAACGCCACGAUGCACGCUUUCGUGCUACACUUCUGGACGGGACUUUGGCGGUUCUGUAUGCUGUCGGAGACAAUGCCUGACCACGUGAAAUGUAUGGCCGUGAGUUAUGAGGUACAGAACACAGGCAGAGGGGAAUCCUUUGCGCCAACGUCCAUGACUAUUAUAGCCGCUGCCCGUAAUUCGGUGGCGUUUGCCGUGUCUGCUCUCAUCCUCGCCGUCAUUGCCGUCGUCUUCAGCGUUGUCGGGAAUAUCCGAAAAGACGCAAAGACUCUAAUAGGUGGAGUCUGUUAUAUUCUUUCAGGAUUAUCGUUAGCAGUCGGGAUGAUCCUCUACAUUUCUGCCAUCAACGACGAAGUGGGCUACCGGAUCAGCACAAGUAAAAAAGGCGGUGCCUUCUCUUACGCAUACGGCUGGUCGUUCUUCACGGCCGGGUUUGGCUUCCUUGCGUCCGAAGUGUCCGCGGUAGUGACCAUCACGCUGUUCCUGAGGCGGAACUCGGGGCCUGAGGACAUGGUCCGCAUCAUCCCUGGACUAGAGGACAAGCUGGCGGAGGACGGCUUGGAGACCGGUGGUGGUGGCGUGGUGCUGGAGGGACGUCCGCCUCCUCCUGGCGCUGCCAGGUUCUCCUACAGCAGCGACUCCAGGCCUACCAGACCCUAUCUCUUCACCAGCGGCGCCAGGCAGUACCCGAGUGUUUCGGCGUGAUGUUGUUAGAACAUCGUGGGGUUUUGUUGUUGUUUGUUUUGUUUUUUGUAGUUGUUUUUUAAACGCCAUCCAUACAUCGUAUGAUGUUCAGAAAUAUCACAUUUUAUACAAGGAUGUUCUCCUAGCCUGGGAUUAUUCUUGACAUGAAAAUCUGUUGGAGUUUCGGAGCGAUAUUAUUAUAAAAUCAUGUUUUUGUUGGGUUUUUUUGUUGUUGCUUGUUUUCGUUUGUUUUGUUUUUUGUUUUGUUUUUUGUUUUGUUUUUACCCCACCCAUACAUCGUAUGUUGUUCAGAAAUAGCAGCGUUUAUAUGGAAGGAUGGUCUCCGAGCCUGGAAUUAUUCUUGACAUGAAAACCUAUAGAUAUUAUAACAUC